CGCGUGCGUGUGUGUCGGGCUUAUAUGAGCGUUUGUCUGCGCUCGCACUGACAGACGGACACUUGACGCAAGUUCCAAACCAAAAUGUCGGCCUCUGGUGACGCUUUUAAAGUUUCUUCCCUGAAGGGAAAAGUGACGCUGAUCACAGGCGCCAGCUCAGGUAUCGGUGCAGGUACCUCGGUCCUGUUUGCCAAGCUGGGAGCUGUGCUGGCUCUCAAUGGCAGAAAUCUGGAAAGUUUGCAGAAGGUGGCCAAGGAGUGCAAAGAAUGUAGUGGAGGAGUUGAGCCCUUGCUUGUGGCUGGCGACCUGACAGACGAAGACACCGUGAAGAAGAUCGUGUCAGAGGUCAUGGUGCGUUUCGGCCGACUGGACGUCCUGGUGAACAACGCUGGAAUCCUGGCCAUGGGCGGCAUCGAGACCUCAGACCUUGCAACGUACGACAGGGUCAUGGACAUCAAUGUCAGAUCUGUGUACCACCUGACCCAACUCUGUGUGCCUCUCCUGAUCAAGACGAAAGGCUCCAUUGUCAAUGUUUCCAGUAUCACUGGAAUGAGACCGGUCCCUGGCAUCCUGGCCUACUGUAUGUCCAAAUCUGUCAUUGACCAAUUCACUCGCUGCGUCGCUCUGGAAUUGGCUUCGAAGCAAGUUAGAGUCAACUCUGUGAGUCCCGGUGUAGUCGCCACCAAUGUGUUCAAGAGCGCAGGACUGGAUGAGAAGCAGAAUGCUAAGCUCCUUGAACAGUGCAAGCAGAUUUAUGCACUUGGGCGACCGGGCGAAGUGGAUGAGGUGGCCCACACCAUCGCCUUCCUGGCAUCAGACGCCGCUAGUUUCAUUACUGCAGUCAACCUCCCCGUUGAUGGCGGCUACCAUGCCAUGAGUCCAAAAGAAACAUUAACUGUGUAA